AUGAAGCUCCCUCAUCCUCGCGAUCUCGGCCCGUUUCCUCGCUUCCUCGGCCAUCAAGCUGAUCUCCCUCCCCCAUGCUCGGCCGCUGAGUGCGUACGUGACCAUGAAUUUGAUGGGGUCAAGCAGCAUGUAAGUGACGACGUUGAAAGCCCAGAUCGCUCCAGUCCAUUUCCACCCUAUGCUUCUGAUUCCCGCGAAUUCCCAGUUCGCUUCCGCCGAGAUCACCGUUGCGAUCUGCAAACCAUUGGAUGUUAG